AUUUAUCACUUUUGAAAAGCGCGUUUAGUUCAAUUCUGACUUGUCACCGUGCAGUACCGAAUGUUAGGUCGUUCGGUGAAAUAUAAUUAGUAUUAUUGGCAGUGAUCUGUGUUUAUACAUAAGCGAAUACUGUAACUACGUAGUUAUAAGCAUAAUUAAAGUAAAUAAAAAUGAAGUGGACGUUGUUAAUUAUGGCAGUAUGCCUAAGCUUGCAUGGAUCCGAAUCCUGGGCUAGCAAACGACAUCUGGAAGACAAUGAGAACGAAAUCUCUUCUAGAAUAUCCCACCACAAUAGUGCAGGUCCACCUGAUCACAACAAACUGGUUGAGAUGGCAAGAUAUGUGAUGCAUAACUGUGAUUGGGCGUCCAUCGCUACCAUAUCAACACAACCUGCUAUCUCGGGCUUUCCUUUUACAAAUGUAAAAUCUAUAGUGGACGGUUCUAUGGCCAAUUCUACCGGCAUGCCGUACUUCUAUAUGUCCCCGUUGGACUUUACUGCACGCGAUUUAGCGAAAAAUACACGUGCAACAGUUCUCGUGUCCCUUGAAGAGACUCGAUACUGCGAGAGCCAGAAGUGGGACCCUGAGGACCCGCGCUGCACACGGCUUAUGUUGUCGGGCAAAAUGAGGAAGGUCAAAGAUGGUUCCGAGGAGUACAAGUUCGCUAAAGCCGCGUUAUUCGAAAGGCACCCAGCUAUGGCGCAUUUUCCCCCUGAUCACAACUGGUUCGUUGCUAAGAUGAAGAUAGCUCAGAUCGCGAUGGUGGACUGGUUCGGCGGCGCCAAAUACGUCUCGGUAAAGGAUUACCUCGCGUACAACUACACCGGCGAAGAAGUACUGCAUUACUACAAUCGUUUACACUUGUAGUUCAUUAUUAUAUGUACAGUCGAGGAAUUUUAUUACCUACCCAUUUUAGUGAAAUAACAUUUAUCGUUCGAAAUUAAAUUAAAUCGAGAACUAGUCACAGCAUGUAAACGAGCUAAAUCCUAGCUAUUAUGUCGACAGAUUGCUUUCGAUAUUUGAUUCUAAGUGGGUAGUGUAUUUAAUUCUUCGUCUAUACUAAUAUUACUAUAUCGUUGAGCAUGUAUUGUAUCAUUUGUAAUGUACUGUGAUACCAUUUGUACUUUUGUAGGGUCCACUUAGUUUUUGUUGGGUGAACUGGAUCUCUAGAGUGGAAAAAUCUAAAAUAGAUAUAAAAACUACUUUAAAUGAGACCAUUUUAAUAGUACACUCCCUCCACCUUGAUCUAGACUAGAUCAUCGGCUGUUAAACCCCAUGCCUAAUUAUUAGAAGAUAGUUCACAGAAAGAAUCAUGUAUUAACUUAACCAGCGUAAUUUCAAUAAAAAAAUAAUGUAUUACCAUUCAAAUAAGUAAAGACGAGUUAAUAGUCAAACAAUCUUCUCUAAACGUGGCUGAAGGUAUGACCUUUGUCUCAAAAUGUAAAACGUACAUUGUGA